AGACAAUCCAACAACAAUCAUUGACAUACUGUACUGAGACGACAACAGAAAGCCUGUUUACACAGUCACCCUGACCAGGAUAAGGCGUUACUGAAGAUACAUGAACGUACUGAUCCAGUAGAAUGGCAUUCAAUCCAGGCCACACAGCCUUACUGGACUAUGCCCUGUUCUGUGGACUGAGGGGUUUGCACUGUGGGGAGACAUUUUUCCACAAGCAGGUGUGAUCGAACAGCACACUGGUGAAGAUGCAAGCCAGCACAGCUUCUCCCGUGACCAACCUCACCACGGCCACGACCAAAUCGCGAGAACAAAUCCUCAUGCAGAGUGCAGGCGCCAUGAUCGCAAUUAUUGUUAUCGGCAUCGUCCUCAUCCUCAGCAUACUACUCAUCAUACUGAAGACAUAUAACAAGAAGAUGCACACAAGGAGGAUACUCAAUGGGACUUCCACCAAACCACGUAAAAACACGACCUCAACAACAAUGACGACACUGCAGAUGGAGAACAUGCGAGGCAGUGCCAACAUGCGAGGCAGCGCCAACAUGGGAGGCUUAGUACACUUGCCCAACAUCUCGGAGAACGGGUUCCAUUUACCACGAGCCGAGGUGGCUAACACGGCUGAACGAAUCAGCAGGAACAGUGGCUCCACUGUGGUCACGAUACAUAACACGCCAUCGAUCGAAAAUACGUAAAAAAUAAAUAAAUAAAACAACAACCAAUAUGUGACUUCAAUGGGCUCCAUUGUGCUGUGUGAUGAGAAAACACACCCCCAGAACGAACAAACUGAUCAGAGGAUGAUGACCAGGACAUGGAAAAACAAAAGACAGACCAAACAUUGAACUACUGGCAUGCUGAGACAAACACGAGCACCUCUGAAGGCCGAACGUAGUCAAUGGACCACUGGGGACAUUUUAGGACCAAAAGAUGUCAGACUGUGGUCAAAUGGACCACAGGGACUCGCAGAGCUAAGCAUGGGGAAAUGGACCACUGGGGACAUUUAGGGUUCAUUAUAGUACUGAGAAAACCAUUCCACCAGGACCAGUGGCCAUUUCACCUAAUAAUCCUACUUUGUGGUCUCUGGAAAAUGAAACUAUCCAGUUUUAUAAUAGGGACCUCACAUGUCAUGACUGAACAAGUAAUACAGUGUGUGGUAUCACAUAUAAACAGUUUCCUGUGAGUCCAAGUGGAAAGACAGAAAUAAAAACAGAGUGAAGGUUGUAACGUGUAACUACUGUCAAUAGCACUAACAAUAACUGAUGUUUCCCUUUACUUAAAACUAAGAUCAACAGAAAACCCUUUUAGUCUAAGGGCAGAUGUUAAAUGGUCAGUAGAUGUUUAAUAUGCCACCACAGCAUUGCUGAAUUCUCGAACCAGAAGAAGCUGUAACAAACAAAAGGUGUAUAUUAACACAUCUGUGUACAUCAUUCUAAUAGGUUGUCCUUUCUAUAGCAACAGCUCAUUCACACAUUAAAAAUGUGUUGUUAUUUAAAUGUAGACUCAUUGAUCAUGUGAUGUUUUCUUGAGGUGACAUUUAUUUGAACAUGUUUGGAAGGAGUCUCCAGUGCCAGCACUUUGUAACAGUUUUCUGCCAUGUGAAAGUCUUCAGGACGGAGGACUUUGCACAUUGAGGUUUCUUGUCUUAUUAAUUUGAAGAGAAAUUGAGGGAAUAACUGUUUAGGAUUGUAAUGUAAGUGAUUAGUGCAUAUUAGCUGUGUUCGACUAGAACUCGUACACUGUACGACCUCCAGCCAAGAAAAGCUACUUGAAAACGCUACUGAAAAUAAUACACUCCACAGGAAACUUCCCUCUUAUUCAUGUCGGGUCGUAUCGUAUCACACCCGACUCAUGUUAAUUGUUUUCCUAUAAUAGCAUGGACGGUCAUGUUCUGUUCCUUACAUUUAACACAAUUUCAAAACCACAACACGAUAAAGGUCUUAUUAACAGACAAAAGUGAAAGUCUUAACAAAGCUGCUCUUAUGGAGUUUUGUCCAAAUUUCAAACACUAGAGUAAUACAGUUAAAAAAAUAAAUAAAUA